AAGGGGCGGGGGUGGGGGGGGGGCCGCGGGUCGGCGGCGGCCCCAUGCGGCGCGGGUAGCUCCCGUCCCCGAGGGAGCGGAGCCGAGAGCCAUGGCCGACGCGGCGGCGGCCGCCGAGCCGGAGCCGGAGCCCCAGCACGAACCGGAGCCCCAGCCGGAGCCCGAGCGCUGCGACGCGCCGGCGGCGGACGGGGAGGCCGGUCGGCUGCCGCCCCCCGGGGCGGAGGAGGCGGUGGCGGCGGAGGGCGCGGGCGGCGCCGAGGGGCGGCCGGCGGCGGCGGGCGGAGCGGCGCGUCCCGGCCUGGGCCCGCGGUACCGGUCGUCUGUGGGUCGCACCGAGGAGUGGCCGGUGAAGAAGAAGCACCGCCGGCGGCCGUCGAAGAAGAAGCGGCGCUGGAAGCCCUACUCGAAGCUGAGCUGGGAGGAGAAGCAGCAGUUCGACGAGCGGCAGAGCCUCCGCGCCUCCCGGCUGCGCGCCGAGAUGUUCGCCAAGGGGCAGCCGGUGGCUCCCUACAACACCACGCAGUUCCUGAUGGAGGACCACGACCAGGAGGAGCCCGACCUGAAAACCGGGCUGUACCCGCGGCGAGCGGCCGCCAAGUCGGACGACACGAGCGAGGAGGAUUUCCUGGAGGAGGCAGCGGAGGAGGACGGGGGCAGCGACGGGAUGGGGGGGGACGGCAGCGAGUUUCUGCAGAGGGACUUCUCGGAGACCUACGAGCGGUACCAUGUGGAGAGCCUGCAGAACAUGAGCAAGCAGGAGCUGGUGAAGGAGUACCUGGAGCUGGAGAAGUGCCUCUCCCGCAUGGAGGAGGAGAACAACCGGCUGAGGAUGGAGAGCAAAAAACACGGCGGGGAGACGGCGGAGACGGCGCGGCUGCGGCAGCUGGAGCUGGAGGUGGACAGGUUGCGAGCGGAGAACCUGCAGCUGCUGAAGGAGAAGGACCUGCCCCGGCAGGAGAAAGGCCCCUGCAAGCUGGGGGAGUGACGCUGGGGGGAGGGGGCGGGGGGUGCGGGGGGGG